AGGCUUACUCCCCACCCACAACUUCCCUACCUCUCUAGAGCUCUAGAGAGUCCCAGUGCAUUAAAUGCAUUAACAAAAUCCACUUUGCCUUUCCCGAGGCUUUAAUCCCCCCCGGAUGGCCAUAGUAAAUUUCCCUUGCUGUAAGUUAUGUCAUCUCAUCUCUUCCAACCUCUUAUAUACCCUCGGCUACACAGCAAGCAACCAAGUCUUCUACAACAUUGUACGACCUCGUUCUUCCAGCCUGAAGAGGUAGUCUUUCUUCCAAUAAUCGAGUACUAGCUUCACAACUUCAAAAUGACGCUUGGGGCGUCAGACAUUGAAGAUGAUUCCAUUACGCCAGACAACACAACUAUUCCCGCAAAAGUCGACGAGGGUGCUUCUGCUACGAGAUCAACCUGGAACAUGGCCUCAGAAAUGCAACAGAUGAGGGACCGAGAUAAACAAGGUGGAACGAAGCCCAGGAAGCUUGGUGUCACGUGGCAAAACCUCACCGUCAAAGGCAUUAGCAGCGACGCGACGUUCAAUGAGAACGCCAUCUCCCAAUUCUAUCCCUUCUAUAAAGGUAGCAAAGGCAAGCCGAUCAAGACCAUCAUUGACAACUCCUACGGCUGCGUCAAGCCCGGCGAGAUGUUACUGGUUCUUGGACGCCCUGGCUCAGGCUGCACGACCUUGCUGAACGUACUUUCUAACCAUCGGCUGGGCUACGAAGAAAUCACCGGAGACGUCACCUUCGGAGACAUGACCGCCAAAGAAGCCAAACAAUAUAAAGGCCAGAUCAUUAUGAAUACGGAGGAGGAAGUCUUUUAUCCAACCUUGAGCGUUGGCGACACCAUCGAUUUCGCCGCUCGCAUGAAGGUCCCUUACCAUCUGCCGCCAGGCAUUAAGACGGCGGAGCAGUACGCCCAGCACAACAAGGACUUCCUCCUGCGGUCUGUCGGCAUCUCUCACACGGCCUCCACCAAGGUGGGAGACGCCUACGUCCGCGGUGUCUCUGGCGGGGAAAGGAAACGUGUGUCUAUCCUUGAAAGCAUGACGACUCGCGCAAGUGUCUUCUGCUGGGACAAUUCGACGAGAGGUCUGGAUGCGAGCACAGCGCUCGAGUGGAUCAAAGCUGUCAGGGUGAUGACUGAUCUACUGGGCCUCACUACCAUUGUCACUCUGUAUCAAGCGGGCAAUGACAUCUAUGAGCAUUUUGACAAGGUGCUGGUUCUCGACAAUGGCAAGCAGAUGUUUUACGGUCCUCAGGCGGAAGCAGUGCCCUUUAUGGAGAAUCUUGGUUUCAUGCGCGUUUCUGGUUCCAACCGCGCCGAUUUCCUGACGGGUGUAACCGUUCUAACUGAACGCCGCAUUGCCCCCGGCUCGGAGAAGAAAUUUCCACGUUCCGCCGACGAGGUCGUCGCUGCCUACGACCGGUCGGAGAUUAAGCCCCGCAUGCUGAUUGAGUGUCGAGACUAUCCUACAAGCGAAGAAGCCAAGGAGAAUACGGCCAAUUUUCGGGAAAUGGUUAUAUACGAGAAGCACAGAAUGGUGUCUGACAGCUCGCCCUUUACCACCAACUUCUCUACUCAAGUCAAGGCUGCCGUCAUCAGGCAGUAUCAGAUUAUGCUAGGUGACAAGUCGACGCUCAUAAUGAAGCAAGCUGCCACAGUCAUCCAGGCCUUUCUCGGCGGCUCUCUCUUCUACUCUGCUCCUAGCAAUUCAGCUGGUUUGUUCCUAAAAGGCGGUGCCCUUUUCUUCUCUAUCCUGUACAACGCCCUUAUAGCUCUGUCGGAAGUCACCGAUUCCUUCACUGGAAGACCCAUCCUAGCCAAGCACCGCUCCUUUGCUUUGUACCAUCCAGCGGCGAUCUGCAUUGCCCAAGUCGUCGCUGAUUUCCCUGUCCUGUUAUUCCAGGUAACGCACUUUGGAUUGGUUCUCUACUUCAUGGUUGGUCUCAAGAGUACGCCCCAAGCAUUUUUCACCUAUUGGAUUACCAACUUCGUCACCGCCAUGACCAUGACAUCUCUCUUCCGUCUUAUUGGCGCCGCCUUUCCUACUUUCGACGCCGCAACCAAGGUCUCGGGCCUGACAGUAGUGGCGCUCUUUGUCUACAUGGGUUAUAUGAUCGCGAAGCCUGAGAUGCAUCCGUGGUUUGUUUGGAUUUUUUGGAUCAAUCCUAUGGCAUAUGGCUUCGACGCUCUUCUUAGUAAUGAGUUUCAUAUGCAAGAAAUCCCAUGUGUUGGCCCCUACCUCAUUCCCAGCGGUCCUGGAUAUACGGAUGGCAUUGGUGGACAAUCUUGUGCUGGUGUGGGUGGCGCAACACCGGGUUUCACGAGUCUGACAGGCGACGAGUACCUGAACUCCAUGUCCUUCAGUCACAGCCAUAUCUGGCGCAACGUCGGCGUCAUCUGCGGUUUUUGGGUGUUGUUUGUUGCGGCCACUAUUUUCUUCACUUCUAGGUGGAAGCUUCCAGGAGAAGGUGGUCGCAGUCUUCUUCUUCCUCGGGAGCAACAGCAUAAGUCGAGACAUCUAUUGCUACCAAAGGAUGAGGAGAUACAAGCUGCCGAGAAAUCUCCAGCCGAAUCGGACUCUGACAUGUCAGGAGAAAGCGUCAUUAAGAACCUCAAUCACAACAACAGCAUCUUCACCUGGAAAAACUUGACGUAUACCGUCAAAACAUCUGAGGGUGAUCGCGUCCUGCUUGACAAUGUGCAAGGUUACGUCAAGCCCGGCAUGAUGGGGGCUCUCAUGGGUUCUUCUGGCGCUGGCAAGACAACUCUUCUUGACGUCCUCGCGCAACGCAAAACCGAGGGCACUAUUUCUGGAUCUGUUUUAGUUGAUGGCCGUCCCAUUCCCAUCUCGUUCCAGCGAUCCGCGGGGUAUGUCGAACAGUUGGAUAUUCAUGAGUCCUUAGCGACCGUACGUGAGGCUCUCGAAUUCUCGGCACUCUUGCGCCAGUCUCGCGAUACACCUGACAAUGAAAAGCUACAGUAUGUUGACACUAUCAUCGACCUUUUGGAAUUGAAUGACCUCGAGCACACACUUGUUGGCCGUCCUGGUGCUGGCCUUUCGGUCGAGCAACGUAAGCGUCUUACUAUCGCUGUUGAGUUGGUAGCAAAACCAAGUAUUCUCAUCUUCCUCGACGAACCUACAUCAGGACUCGAUGGUCAGGCUGCUUUCAAUACUGUUCGCUUCCUUCAAAAACUUGCAAAAGCCGGACAAGCUGUCUUAGUGACAAUACAUCAGCCAUCAGCACAGUUGUUCGCGCAAUUUGAUACACUCUUGUUGCUGACAACAGGUGGGAGAACUGUCUAUUUUGGAGAGAUCGGUGAUGAGGCGAGCACUGUCAAAGACUACUUUGCUCGCCAUGGAGCCUCUUGUCCACCUGAAGCCAACCCUGCUGAGUUCAUGAUUGAUGUGGUGUCAGCGGGAAGCUCCUUCAAUGACCGAGAUUGGAAUAAGAUCUGGCUGCAAUCGCCAGAACACGACCAGCUCUCUAAUCACAUCAGCACCAUUGUAACAGAAGCCGCUGCUCGACCUUCGGGAACUAUUGACGACGGACACGAGUUUGCGGCGUCGAUGUGGACGCAAGUAAAGCAUGUGACACAUCGAAUGAAUAUCUCACUCUUCCGGAACACCGAAUACCUCAACAACAAGUUUGCCAUGCAUAUCAGCUUAGCGUUAUUGAACGGCUUUAGUUUUUGGAUGAUAGGGGAUCACCUCACAGAUCUACAGCGGAAUCUGUUCACGGUCUUCAACUUCAUCUUCGUCGCGCCAGGUGUCAUUUCCCAACUUCAGCCUCUAUUUAUCGACCGCCGCGAUAUCUACGAGGCACGUGAGAAGAAGAGCAAGAUGUACCAUUGGGCUCCCUUCGUUACUGGCCUCAUAGUCUCGGAAGUACCCUAUUUGCUAAUUUGUGCUUUCCUGUAUUACAUUUGUUGGUAUUUCACUGCUGGCUUGCCUACCGCACCAGAAUACGCUGGUAGUACUUUCUUCGUCGUGGUCAUGUAUGAAUUUUUGUAUACAGGCAUUGGACAGAUGAUUGCCGCUUAUGCCCCCAAUGCGGUUUUUGCAUCUCUCGUCAACCCUCUCGUUAUCACAACUCUGGUCUCAUUUUGCGGCGUCAUGGUACCGUACAGCCAGAUCCAGCCCUUCUGGAAAUACUGGAUGUACUACAUAGACCCCUUCAACUAUCUUAUGAGUUCUCUGCUUGUCUUCGUUACUUGGGACAAACCUGUCAAGUGCACUACCAACGAACUCGCCAUAUUUGACCCCUCUCCGAAUUCGACCUGCGGUGACUAUCUUGCAAAUUAUAUGCAAGGGAUGGGGUCAGGCACCAACCUCCUCAACCCAGACGCUACCACCGACUGCCGCGUGUGUCAAUUUGCUGAAGGCAGCGACUUCCUGCGGACCUUGAAUCUCAAGGAAGAAAGCUACGGGUGGAGAAAUGCGGGCAUUGUUGUUGUAUUUGCGAUUGGCAUAUACGGGUUAGUGUAUCUUAUGAUGAAGCUGAGAACAAAGGCUACGAAAAAGGCUAAGUCUUAGAUGAAAAGGGUAAUUAUUGAGAUUAGUAGUGUAGGGGGACGGCGGUCGGCCAGCGUCGGGCAAGACGGAUUGGUCGAAAGUGUGGGUAAAUUACUCUGGGUUUUAGAUGGGGAGAUUGUUUUCUGUGUUCAUUGCCUUGGGUUUGGCGUCUAUUUCGAUUAUAUUUGCCAUCUUUUGGGAGGAAGUUCCGAUCCAAAACAAAAAUUCCUUUGAUGGAGAUAACGCGAAUAGAAUCUCCUUUGUGGCAACUGCCAUCGCUCGUCGUCGCGACAUGCUAUUACGUGAGAAGGGAUACGGAUUAUAUAAAAACGGUGGGCGAAAGGUUUAGAAAAGAAAUUCAAGAGCAACGUCAUUACUUUGGAUGCAACAGUACAGGUGCAAACGUGUGGGCAAUAUCAUCUCGUUCAAUCGCUCGCAUUUAUAUUUAACUCACAGUACAGAUAGAGCUUGCUCACUCUACAGCCAAACAGGAUUGACAAGAACUACUGCGCUCCUAAUCCUUACUAGCACAUCGAAACAGUCGCGCUAGAGGAAAUAUUCCCCUAUACUAUUAAAAGCAGCUUCCUAGAAU